UACAACUUAUGCAGUUAUGAACGGACCUUCUAUUUUAGAGUGCUCUGAAACGUGCUGAUAGUACAGAAAAUUCAUAGUAUACGCGACGUGAACUAUAGGUUUGCAGUGUUAGCAAAUUUUGGAACGUGGCCCUCUUUUGUUCCUUCAUCUCCGAUUACUGAUUGGUUCAAAUGUAAAGCUUUUUCAAGAAUAGAAGUAGAUUAUUCUAGAAUAGUUAUAUACGUUUGUUUAUAGGUCAGUGAUAAGUAAAAACAUCAUUGUUCAAUAAAUCUCCUGUUGAGAAGAGAAAGUUCCCAUGGAAUGGAAAGGAUUGCAAGCUGAUAUGACUCAUAAACAUAGGCAGCAGAAUGGUUUUCCGGUCACACAACAAUCGAACGAUUGUUAUUCGUCGAUAAUAAUACAUUUGGACGAUGAUAGUACAUGGAAUUUAAUCGAUCUUCCCGACGUUGUUUUAGAAACGAUCUUAUCUAACCUCACUUACGAUGAGAUUUCUAAAAAUAGAAUUGUUUGUAAACAGUUCGACCGUACUUGCAAGAAGCUAUUGAAUCGAGGUUUCAAUCUUAUGGAAAAGUAUCACGCGCAAUGCCUUCGUGCUGUUAAGAGCAAGUUGCCAAGAAGGGAAUCGGAACGAAGGAGUCAUCCUCUCGCUCGCCACUGCGAUAUAUUGACAGCGAUAGAAACGAGAAUUUCAAUGUUAUCAAUGACUUUUAGCAAACUAAUUCGUGACACAAAAACACCUCCCCGAGCACACGAGAUACUUCAAGAGCUGCGGGAUAUAAGUAGUAUGGCUAUGGAGCAUUUUGACGAAAAGAUUCUGCCAGACCUGAAGCAUAAUAUUUGUAUGGUUGGCACUGUGAACUCGUACGAGUUACCUGGUGGCGCGCUCAUGAUCUCUCACACCAGGCACCCGAACAAUGCUACACUGCCGCACAAUUUUACUUCGGAGAAGCUUAAUCAGAGUUUUAAGAAGAUCUACGACCGUACGAAGCAGAACAAGAUCUCCUGUUUAACGAUGAAAAAUCUGAUGGGGAGGAUAAAGCUCAAGGUGAUGAGACAGGGCAUGCAGAUACGACUGCAAAGCUCGAAGUUGCAGAAGCAAGCGCAGAAGUUACACGAGCAGGACGUGCUGUUAGCGGAGAUGCGGAAGCAUCUCGAGGAAUGGGAGCAGAAGAUGGUCGACUUGACUGCCGAAUUGAGCCGGGCGCGGGAGGGAACGCAAAAUCCUGACUCGUUGGAAAGUCGCAAGCACAUCGCGAUCUCAAAACACAUCGACAUUAUCAACACCGAGGUCGACGCGACGUUGCAAAGUAACGAGUUGCAUUCGAAAAAACGUAAGCUCAUAGUGGAAAGGAAGUCGUCGAGCGAUGCGCAGGACAUCAAGUUCAAAAAAUUCAUGUCGGAUCUUCUUGCGACUAACACGUUAGACAGUGGUCACCCAUCGACCUCGAGUAAUUCGACUUUUUUACACUAAGCAGUAUGUACGGAAAUUUUUUCGAAAUAUGUAUUGCAUUGUAUUGUACCCCUUUGUACGGGCUUGUCAACGGCAUAGCGUAAUAAGCGUAACGAUUAUGAGUCCCAUAUCCUCAUUGAGGGCGGUAUCAGAAGAAAUGAAUCUUACGGAACAUAACAGGUUAAACUAAUUUAAUUGCUUACGUUCUGUAUGCGCUUACGUGUUGUAUGUGCUGUACGCGAUAACUACACACAGUCCGCGGCGAGAAUCCGGGAUCCUUCAUCAAUAUUUUGUACGAUUGAUAGAAGUAAAAACUCGCGGGAAUUAUCAUAAAAAA